AUGGUCAUCUUGAUGAGUGGUGCUACGGGCACAGUUGGUCGUGAGGUUAUCCGAGCUCUCAACGAUCAAGCUUCAUUCUUGAAAGGAGAGAAAAUUCAAGUGAGACUUUUAGUUCGGAACGAAGAAAAAGCUCGCUCCCUGCUGGAUCAAUUCGAAAAUAUACAAUUCUCGUAUGUGGUUGGAGAUUUGAAUGAUCUAGAGAAGGUUCGGGUCGAUGAUCUAUUUUCCAACGUUGAGAGAUUAUUCCUUCUCACUAUUUCCUCUCCGUGGCAAGCCAAGAUCGAGUCUGGGUUCGUUCAUUUGGCAGUGAAAUACUGUACAACUUUGAAACAAAUCAUACGAGUGUCUGCAUUGGGAAGCUCCUACGAUAGAGAUAUCAAUUGUCUGAUGAGAUGGCACAAUGACUCGGAGAGAGCCAUUCAACAUUUGGUGGACAACACAGAAGUGAAAUUGGUCAUUCUGAGGCCCAACUUGUUUUUACAGAAUUUUAUUUCUCAAGAUUUGGCUGUGAUCAAAUCUCAAGGAGCCUUCUAUCGACCUAUGAGCGAUCGUUCUGUUCCUUAUCAAAUCUCUCAUGUCGAUGUGAGGGAUAUUGGCGAUUUAGCUGCUGUUGUGUUGAUUGAGCCUGUAGAGAAACAUGCCAAUCAGACCUACAAUAUCACUGGACCUCAGUCACUCAAUUACGAUCAAUUGGCACAAAUCAUGUCCAAAGCAAUCGGUGCCGAGGUAAAGCAUGUACCCAUUCCAGAAGAUGUCUUUGCCAAUAAUCUUCAACAAAUGAACAUGCCAUCCUUUGUCAUGUGGAUGCUUGUGAAAUUGUUUCAAAUGUACAAAGUGAAUGGAAUUACAGCAAAUGUGCAUGGAGAUUUCAAAAUUGUUACAGGAAAGGAACCAAGAUCUGCAGAGCAAUUCUUUUCAGAUUUUAAGAAUGAAUUCAUUGUUUGA